AUGUCAACCACAGCACCAGGUCUCAACGGCCAACAAAAUAACGAAGAUCACUCCCCAGAGUCCGGAGCAAAGAACUUGUCACUCUCAAGCCAAACCAUCCACGCCGAUGACUUCCUGAAUAAAGCACAAGAUGUUGCACCUCCACUUCACGUUUCGACAACUUUCCGUUAUUCAGACAAUCCCUCUGAACUAAAGCAAUGGAAAGACCUAGACCCAAACAUCCCCUACGACGGUCACAUCUACUCCCGUCACACGGCCCCGACAACCACCCGAUUUGAAGCUAUCCUCUCCACUAUUCUCAAAGGCCAAACCCUUACCUACGCCUCAGGCCUAAGCGCCUUUCACGCUCUCCUCGUCUUUUUGAACCCCAGGCAGAUCUCUAUCGGAGGAGGCUACCACGGCUGCCACGGCGUCAUCGACGUGCACCAGAAACUCACCGGGGUCAAAAAGAUCCCCUUGGACUGUCCAGCUGAGGAUCUGAAUCCAGGUGAUGUGAUACACAUCGAAACGCCUAUCAAUCCUUACGGAACAGCGACCAACCUAGCGAAGUUCGCAGAGAAAGCACAUUCCCGUGGUGCGUACUUGACCGUAGAUGCCACCUUCGGCCCGCCGCCGCUUCAAGAUCCGUUCGAGUGGGGUGCGGAUAUCGUGAUGCACAGCGGAACCAAGUAUAUCGGCGGGCAUUCCGAUAUGUUAUGUGGUAUCCUAGCUGUGAAUCCUGUGCAUGUGAAGGAAAAGUGGUUUGAGCAGCUGGCGAAGGAACGACUGGUGCUAGGAAAUGUGAUGGGUAAUAUGGAGGGCUGGUUGGGGAUUAGGAGUGUGAGGACUUUGGAGGUUAGAGUGAAGAAACAGGCUGAGAGUGUGGGGCGGUUGGUUAGGUGGUUGGAUAGUGCGGUAAGGCCGGAGAGGUAUGAGGGGAAGCCGGAAGCGACCGAAGAGGAGAGGGAGUUGAUGAGUAAGGUUUUGUUGAAGGUUGAGCAUGCUAGUUUGCAAGAGGAGGACAUCAAAGAUGGAUGGCUGUUGAAGCAGAUGCCCAAUGGUUUUGGACCAGUGUUUUCGAUUGUGCUUAAGGAGGUGGAGUUUGCUAAGCGACUACCUAGCAAGUUGCACUUGUUCCAUCAUGCUACAAGCCUGGGAGGUGUUGAGAGUUUAAUCGAGUGGCGGGCAAUGACUGAUCCUAGUGUAGAUACUAAGUUGUUGCGAGUUAGUGUUGGAAUUGAAGGAUGGGAGGAUCUUAAAGCUGAUAUCCUGGACGGAUUCAAGGCACUGGUGGCCGAAGCAUGA